AUGCCACCUUUGUUUAUAACACCUCAUAAGUGUCUAAACGUCGUAAAGGGAUCCCUCCCCACCCCACCUCCAUCUUCACCGAAUUCGUCUCCAUGCGCCUUCCCCCGCCCGCGUGACGUCAUACCCCGCGCCUUAAAGUUCCCCCCGCACACCCGCUCACCCCUCGGAGUACCCGGCUCAGAACUCUCUUUUAAACACUACUUGUACGUUCAAAAUUUUCACGAUGAGGAUUUCGAUUUACUGACACGAAAGGGUAUAUUUCCGUACGAGUACGUGGAUUGCGUGGAUAAGCUGCAGGACACAUGUUUACCGCCGCGCGAAUCAUUUUUCAGUUCCCUGACCGAUAACACAGUAUCUGAAAGCGAUUACGCGCCCGCCGUUAAUGUCUGGCAUCGAUUCUCCAUCCAAACUAUGGGUGAAUACAGCGAUUUGUAUUUAAAAACAGAUGUUCUAUUAUUAGCCGAUGUUUUUGAAAAUUUCCGCGAUAAAUGUAUUGAAAGUUACGGUCUCGAUCCAGCGCAUUAUUACACUCUCCCCGGAUACACGUGGGAUGCGAUGUUAAAAUAUACUAAUAUCACUUUUGAAUUGCUUACUGACAUAGACAUGGUAAUGUUCAUCGAGUGCGGUAUACGCGGUGGCUUAAGUCAAUGUUCCGGCAGAUACGCGCAGGCUAAUAACAGAUACAUGCAAACGUAUGAUCCAUUGAAACCAUCGUCAUACCUUAUGUAUUUUGACGUUAAUAACUUGUACGGCUGGGCAAUGUGUCAACCGUUACCAUACACCGAAUUUCAAUGGAUCGAGGACGUUUCGAAUUUCAACGUAAACGCAAUCGCUUUGGAUUCACCCACAGGAUAUAUUCUUGAGGUCGAUCUCGAGUAUCCUCGAGACCUUCACGAUGCACACACCGACCUACCCUUCUGUUCGACGCGCGAUAAACCACCCGGCAAGCAUGAAAAUAAACUUCUAGCAACCUUAUAUGAAAAGAAACGUUACGUCAUCCACUACCGAAACUUACAGCAGUGCACGCGUCACGGUCUUCGUAUCGCAGAGAUACACCGCGUGUUAAAAUUCGCACAAUCUCCAUGGCUCUGCAAAUACAUAGAGUUAAACACGCAAUUCCGAAUCCGUGCAAAAAAUGAUUUUGAAAAAAAAUUGUAUAAAUUGAUGAAUAAUGCAGUAUUCGGAAAAACCAUGGAGAAUGUGCGUAAUCAUGUAGACGUUAAAUUAUUGACGAAAUGGAAGGGUCAGUAUGGUGCGGAGGCAAUGAUUGCGAAACCCAAUUUUCACAGUCGAAGUAUCUUUGCCGAAAAUUUAAUUGCUAUCGAACUCAAAAAACUUCAGGUGAAAUUCUACAAACCGAUCUACGUAGGCAUGUGUAUCUUAGAUAUUUCUAAAACGUGUCUAUAUGAAUUUCACCAUGAAUACAUGCUACCGCUGUACAAAAACAAAUGUAAAGUUAUGUACACCGACACCGACAGUCUCAUAUACCACGUCGAAUGUGAGGAUAUUUACGAGACAAUGAAACGCGAUAUCGCUAAGUUUGACACGAGCGAUUAUCCCGUCGACAACGCGUACGGUAUGCCUCUCGCGAAUAAGAAAGUGCCUGGUUUAAUGAAAGACGAGAACAAUGGCGCAAUAAUGACCGAGUUCGUUGGACUUAGGGCAAAGAUGUACGCAUUGAAGGUGGAUGGAAGGAACGAUACUAAAAAGGCGAAAGGUGUAAAAUGUAGCGUCGUGGCGCGAACUAUUACAUUUGAUGAUUACACACGCUGUUUAAGAGAUGAGAUCGAGAUGACGCGUCGCCAGUCAUGCAUAAGAUCUGUGCUACACGAUGUAUAUACAAUAUCCGAAACGAAAAUUGCUCUAAGUCCGUACGACGACAAACGAUAUCUUAUACCUGAUUCGGUCGAGACAUUGCCGUAG